GAGUCACCAAACUCUCCGAAGCCAAGACGAACGGGAUCGAUGUGGCUAAGGAUGAACCCGGCAGCACAGACACGAUCUUGGACAAUCAUUCCAGCACUAGGCUCUACUUUCGGAGAUGGCCGAUGCUGCUCUUGUUCUGUCUGUAUUCCUUCAGCAACGCCUUUCAGUGGAUCCACCUGAACAUCAUCGCAGAUGUUAUUCUUAAGUACUACAAUGAAAGUUUACCCGCUGAAGAAUAUCAGCGGAACACAGCCGUCGACUGGUUGUCCAUUGUCUACAUGCUGGCCUACAUCCCACUGAUACUGCCCGCCACCUGGCUCCUGGACAAGAAGGGGCUGCGACUCUGUUGUGUAGUGGGGUCACUGCUGAACGCCUUGGGAGCUUGGCUCAAGUGUGCUAGCGUGUCUCCAAACAGAUUUGCUUUGCUGAUGUUUGCCCAAACCAUCUGUGCCAUUUCUCAAAUCUGGGUACUGGGAAUCCCCGCUCGACUGGCUGCCGUCUGGUUUGGACCUAACGAGGUAUCUACAGCUACAUCCUUGGGUGUGUUCGGCAAUCAGGUAGGAGUGGCGGUUGGGUUUGUGCUGCCACCAGUUAUCGUCCCUGACUCCAACAGCAGUCACGUGGUUGGCGAAGAGUUGUCCAACAUGGCGUAUGGAAACGCUGUAUUCGCAACAGUCAUGUCUUUUUUAAUCAUUAUAUUUUUCCAAGACAAACCAAAACAGCCACCCAGUCUAGCACAGCAACAUGCAAUCAAAGCAGCAGCCAGUGAGAAUUACCUGCAAUCCCUCUACAGACUUUUCUCAAACUUUGGAUUCGUGAUGCUCACGGUUGCUUAUGGAAUCAACACGGGCUCCUACUAUGCUAUAUCAACUCUGCUCAACGCAAUUAUUUUGUAUUACUUUCCGGGUGAAAGAGACAAUGCCGGAAGAAUAGGGCUGGUCAUUGUUCUCACUGGUAUCAUAGGUUCCGUGUUAGCAGGUGUGUGGCUGGACAAAACCAAAACUUUCAAAGCAACAACUGCAGUAAUUUACGUGUUAUCGGUUGCUGGGAUGGUUGCCUUCACCUUCACCCUUGACCUCCACAAAAUCUGGGUUGUCUUUCUGACAUCCGGUGUCCUGGGGUUUUUCAUGACAGGCUACCUUCCUGUGGGUUUUGAGUUUGCUGCUGAGAUCACUUUUCCGGAGUCUGAGGGCACGUCAUCGGGGCUGUUAAACGCUAGUGCCACAAUCUUCGGUAUAAUCUUUACUCUGGGCAUGAGAGCAAUGCUGGACUCUAUAUCUGCCCUCAGUGCCAACAUAACUCUCUGUGCUUUUCUCUUCGCCGGCGGAAUUUUGACAGCUGCCAUUAAACCAGACUACAGAAGACAAGAAGCUGGGGCGCUGCACGAAGACAAGACACCAGCUAAUAGACAAAACCUUUCCUGA